ACACACACCUGGAGCAGUGGGCAGCCAGAUUGCUGCAGCCCCCGGGGAGCAGUUGGGGUUUUGGUGCUAUUACUGGAUUGAUUUAUCAAACUAAUGUGAGACUAUUCAUUCAUAUCUGUUUUUUUGUGCAGUUUUGUGAGAUGUAGGUGGCAUAGGGUUUUUCAUUGCUUAUGUAUAAGGAUAUUAGGAAACAUUUUUUUAAACAGCACCUCGGUUUAAGAAAAUAGGAUUUUUUUUUUACUAGAAAUUAAAGCACAACCUUUUGAAUGUCAUAUUCAAGAAUGUGUGUGCUUAAACAUUUCCUGUUACCAGUUUUACCAGAUUUACCUGUUACCAGUGGCCAUGGACCGUCAUAUGAACCUGAAAGUGUUCUGACUGUCUCUUUUUUGAUGCCAACUGUUUCAGUGUCGAAGGAAGCAACAGCGCUCCUGCUGUUAAACAAGAGGGGGUGGACAGUUCAGCUUUUGAGUCAGAGCAGGAACCUUCAGGAUCACGUGGGUUGAUCUGCGCAGACGUCUCCAGCACCUCACGGAGGGUGUUUACCUGUUUGCAGCCGCCGUGAAAGUGAUAUGAACCCACUCAAGCUACGAGUGACAGUUUUCUGCCUGUUUCUCCUUCUUUUUAAAGCACCCUGUUAUACUGAGUUUGAGAUUACUGUGCCCAGAGACACUGUCACUGGGUUUUACAGCGAGGCGCUGAUCCUCCACUGCUCCUUCCCUGUGGACAGCUCAUGGGAUCUGAAGAGCACCGUUAUCACCUGGCAGCGUGGACUGGAUGUUGUUCACAGCUUCUACUACAGUCAGGACCAGCUCGACCGUCAGAAUCAGCAUUUUGUCAACCGCACAAGUCUGUUCAUUCAGGAGAUGGCAAGAGGAAACGCAUCACUCAGACUGGACAAAGUCUCUCCUCAGGACGCCGGUGUGUACACCUGCUCCAUCAGCACAAACACUGGCAGCCAGAAGAAGAGCUUUGGAGUGAAAAUUGCAGCUUUCUACUCUGAACCUCGUCUGCUGUUCUCAUUGUUAACUGAUGGAGUGAAUCUUCUGGUGACCUCAGAUGGGGGUUACCCUUCUCCCACACUGCAGUGGCUGAUGGAGAACUCAGACAUCACUAACCGGACACAAACACACAUUGCACAGGACACACAGACAGGACUUUAUGUUGUGUCUAGUUGGUUAAAUCUCACAGGCGUGUCAAAUUCUUCUUUGACGUUCAUACUGCACAACAAACCCCUGGGACAAGACAUCAGGAGAGACAUCCAGCUCUACUCAGAUAAGAGUGAGAAGCAAGGAGAGUCAGCAUACAGAUGUCAUGGGUGCUUCAUAUAUAUCCCAGUUAUUCUGCUGCUGCUGCUGCUGAUCGUGAUGAGUUUAUUGUCUGUGUUUAUAACAAGAAGAAGUAGAAGAGAACAGACAAAACAAAAUGGCUUUACGGAAAUUAAAUCCAAAUUUUUAAUGGAAAAUGUUUAAUAUGUCCAUAAUAGUUAUGUUACAAAACCACUUCAACUAACAGUUAUCCUAUUUAUGAAAAGUGUUCUGUGAUUUGCAUGACCAACAACAGCAUUAUAUAUAUAUUUUUAUAUUGUUUACAGUUAAAUACACUGUAUGGUUUUGAUCCACUUCAAAUGUUGACUAGUGUAUUGAGAUUUCUUUGAUGUCAUUUCCUAACCUUGGCAGCUUUUAACAAAUAGUACAAAGUUUAUUAGUUACAUGCCCUGAUCCUUUACAUUACUCUAUGUAACAUUUCAAACAAUCAUUCUAGUGCCAUAUAAAACAGAUAAUUGUAGUGUCUCUCCCAUCUGAACUAACCAGAGGCCAGUUGCAUAAAUAUAGAAAAAGUCUUGAAAAGUAGGUUGAGCACCUACCAGUUAGCCAAAGGGCAACUGUAAGUCUUGUGUUUUCAUUCAAAUUAGAGCAGUAUACCUUUUUGUAACUGAUUUAAAAAAGUUAUGACAAGUCUAAGAAAAGAAAAUUGCAUUAUUAAGACUAAUCUAAGCAGUUUAUGCAACUAGCCCCUGGACUUUUUUGGGUUCUUAACACACCCAGAAUUUUGUCACUCAUAACAUAUUGUAAUGUGCAGCAUUGUUGAUUUUCUACUGUGCAAUAUUCAAUAUUGGGAUCAUUUAUUUUACUUUUACCUGAUGGCAGAGUAAAAUUGCAGUAAAUUAACAAUGUUUGCUAUUUGUUUACAAUGUUUUUUAGACUGGUUUUUACAUUUGUUAAACUUUUUUAUAACUGUGAACUGUAUUGAGAUUUCAAUUUGUAUGGACUGUGUAAAACCACUAAUGAUAAUAGUGAUUGUAAUAUUCCAAAUGUUUUAUUCAGAAUGGUCAUACUUGCAUCUGUAAUGGGUGUAUCUUAUUACAUUAAGAAAACACUGCAGAAAAAAUUAAAUACAUACUUGCAAAGUCUCUCA